GUGAUGGACGCGGUUCCUGAAUACUCCGUGUUCCUGAUCAGGAUUUUGGAGGAACUGGACACCAAGUACAGCACGGUGUCAUACCAGGAGCUGUGUAAGUCCCUGUGUGCCCGCUUCGACCUGGUUCAUCUGGCGAAACUGAGGAGCCUGCUGUUCUACACCGCCUGUCUGGACCCGAGCUUCCCGGCUACCUUGUUUAAGGACAAAAUGAGAUGUUCGGUGGAGGACCAGCAGUCUAAGAAGCUCAUGGUGGCCGCGGACAUCGUCACCAUGUUCAACCUCAUCCAGAUGAACGGCGGCAUGGCGAGGGACAAACUUCCGGUCAGCCACAGACCCAAGUUCCAUAAGAACCAGUCCUUCGAGUCGUGCAGGUCCGAUUCGGACGCGUACAGCAAAUACAACGACUGUGAAAGAUCGUACGAUCGCUCCAACCGGAGAGGUCACCGUGUUCCUCGGAACUCACCCUGCCCCAAACCCGAGUGCAACGGCUGCCAGGCGUUCGUACCGUCGUCUGAACCCAAUUUCCUCCUGGGAGUCGGCAAAGAUCUGAAAUGUAGAGCGGCGUCGCUGGAUAAGCUGCAGCAUCUGCCCCAGUACACCAGUCCCAGUCCUCCUCCGUGUGAGAUGCAGAGCACCUACUUCCCCAUGGACAUCGACAGCGAGUCCAACCCUGACCGCGACUCCGGCGCCAAGGACAUCUUCCUGCCCAACCGCGAGCCUUUCACCGUCCACUCGUGCGUCCAGAAGCGGAACAUCUUCAAAGAGGACUUUCACAACCUGGUCGCCUUUGAGUCCAAACCCAGUUCCAGGGACGGCGGUGAUUACCACAGGAGGGAGCUCCACAAACCCCAGACUUUCUUCAACCACAGCUUCGAGCUGCCCUACAGCAACCCUUACUUCGAGCCCGUCGGCUCUCCCAUCCAGAGCAAGUCCAGGGUCAAGCACGAGAGCCUGGACGACCUGCAGGCGUCCACCUAUUUCGGGCCCACCACGGUCACGGAGUGUGUGAACACCAGGAGGAAUUUUGGGAAGCCCACCAGGCAGCCGGCGUGGCCCAUCAAGAGCCUGAGUCUCAACGCAGACGAGGGUCCCGACUUCGAGCGGUCCUUUUUGACACACAAUGUGCCGGUGGACAAUCACCUCCACAACAGCAUGGUGGAAAACGAUCGACACUUCGUCAAAGACAAGCCCACGCCGUCUCCUGCGGGGUUCUCCAAGAAGUCCAACGGGCCGAAGAUGAAAGACGCGGCGUCCAUCGGCUGUGGUCCGAGCUCCGAUAAGAGAGACGGAGGGAAGAGGUACAAGGACAAAAGCAUCAACUGUCCGUCGAUUCAAGCGGCCAACCUGGAUGGCGGUCUGAGCGUAGGAACACAGACAGACACCGAGCAGAGGAAGCUUAAAGAUUUCAUCGUGCACAACAAGUACACCGAAAGACCGUCGUUCAAACCACCGGACGAGGAGUGUGAAAUCGUCAGCGACGACAUAAGUGACAUCUUCCGCUUUCUGGACGAUAUGAGCAUCUGUGAGUCCCUGGGAAUCACCCAGUCUUCCUGCUACAACAGCAACGGCUCGCUCUCUCAGGUCACCAAAUCAGACGGUGACAGCUCUCCCGAGCGCAACACCAUCAAACGGGGUAAAUCCGCCGGCAAGCUGGACCGACUCUUCACCACCCUGGAGAGCUCUGACGACGAGCUGAAGGCCAGCGUCUGCAAGCUCGUCCUCCGGAUCGGUGAAAUCGAGAAGAAGCUGGAGUCCCUCUCGGGGGUGCGCGGCGAGAUCUCGCAGGUCCUGUCCAAGCUCACCAAGCUGGACGAGAAGAUCCAGGAGCCCGAGACGAACGGGAAACCCGGAGACGACGGCGCGGCCCAGGCUCAGGCAGACGCCGACCUCUCGCCGUGCAUGUUCCAGUGCCACACCACAGGACACAACGGCAAAGUGGACACCAGUGCGGACUGGUGCUGCCUGGACGCCGGUGGCAGCGAGAGCCUGAGAGUGAAGGCCUUAAAAAAGAGCAUGUUCCAUCGAAGGUCCUCCAGGUCUCUGAACGAGGAAAGCGGCGCGACCGAGUCCAAAGUGACCAGCAUCACCAACUCUCCUCGAGACUGGAGGACCAUCUCGUACUCCAGCCACCCGGGAGAGGAGCUUAAAGAGAAGGACCGGCACGCAGAGGGCAAGGACCGACACCGCAAAAACAAAGAGACAGAUCGUCAGUACGACCCUCACCCGCCUCAUCGCUCCUCCAAGCCUCCCAAGGAGUCCUACCUGGUGGAGCAGGUGUACAGUCCGCACCACUACACCCCGCCCGUCAAACCCCACGUGAAGGGAAGUCCUCUCUACACGGAGCUGAGACUGAGCGGCGUCAACGACAACAAACGCCAACAGCCGUCGUGGACCAUCGAGGAAUUCAAACGCAACUCAGGAGACAAGAACAAGCUCAGUGUGCUGGACCUUCAGACCCAGGAGUCUCUCAACCCCAAUAAUCUGGAGUACUGGAUGGAGGACAUCUACACGCCGGGCUACGAUUCGCUGCUGAAGCGCAAGGAGGCGGAGUUUCGCCGGGCCAGGGUGUGUAAGAUCGGCGCUCUGAUCGCCGCCGCCGCCUGCACUGUGAUCCUGGUCAUCGUGGUGCCCGUGUGCACCAUGAAGUCCUGAGGCGAUCGCCAACGUGCCGGUACGGUUCCCAUUCCUGGACGAUGGUUCCUGGACCGGUUCUGGAACCGAGUCUGACGGGACUGAAGCGGAACUCUGGGUCCUGACUGAGGAUUAAAGUCUCAUGUUUUUUAUUAGAAUGAUUUUAUUACUGUGGAUCUUUCUGGACUGUAGAUAAAAAUUCUCUUCUUUUAUAGAGUUUAGAGUUUAGAAUUGAUCCGACUGAAGCCCAGUUCUAUUUUGAUUUCAUUACAAUUCUACACAGAUUAUUUUUUACAGAGCGUCCUCAUGUACCGUCUCAACAGAUCAGGAACGUUUUACUGGCUCUCGUGCAAUCGUUUCCUUUUACUUACUUGAAUUAAUAUAAUCUGUACGGACACAAUAUGACCAAAAGUAUUGGGACACCUGACCGUCAGUGUGUCGGACGUCCCGCUUCCAUUAAAACAGAGCGCCCUCUGUGGGAUCCUUUAAGGUAGAACAACAGCAGCUCUUCUAUUAUGAGAAGCUUCUCACAAGACUUAGAAGUGUGUCUGUCGAUGUUCCGGUUCAUCCCAGAGCUGUUGAGUGGGGCUGAGGUCAGGACUCUGUGCAGGACGCUGGACCUUCCCUAAACUGUUCCUGCAAACUAUGAUUGAUUCAUUACACCUGGAACACAUGAAUUCAAUAAUUAGAAGAUAGGUGGCGUCCCGAUACUUUUGUCCAUAUAGUGUAUGUACAUGAUGAGUAUAUGGACAGCCCUUGUUUUACCUCCAGUGGCCUCCAGAGCUCUGACCUCGACCCCGUUGACCCGUUUGGGAUGAAUCGGAAGGUCAGUCAGGAGCCAGGCCCUCCCAUCCAACCCAGUUUGAUUUGACCGGAUAAAGAAGCAGAUGAAGCUUCAUUUCCAAGCCCUUCCAGAAGAGUCGAGACUGUUAGAGCUGCAAAUGAAGGCCUGUGAUUUCGGAAUAGGAUUUCUAACAGCUCAUGGUCGGGUGUCCACAUACUUUUGGCUGAAUGUACUGAAUGUAGCGUGUGAGGAGACGUUAGACGUGUUGAUUGUAUCAGAUAGACCAGGGUUUGGUCAAAAAUAUAUAGACAGCACAUUUAAUACUAGAGCAUUUGAUGUAGCUAAUCUACCUUCUGCACGGACCGUAGAACAGCAGGUUUGACGGUGAUGACGUCUGUGGGCGUGUCAGGUUGUAGAGUCAGGUUCUGUACCUGCAGCACAAAUCCUCACAGGUAAUCUCCGAAAUCCUCCAGCGCACUACGACUGUUUACUUCAGCAGUGUGUGAAGCAGCGCCCCCUGCUGGGGAUGCAUCAUCGGUUCUGAUAAAAACCGGUUCUCUGAGAAGCACCAAGGUUCUGGUUCUAAGGAGCCUGAACGGAACCGGUUCCAGAUUUAAGAUCCAGAGUCGUUUGGCUAAUUAGCAGAGAAUAAAGGGCGGGAAAAUUCUGAUCCCUUGUUACUGGACCUGUUUGGUUGUGGACGCUUUUGAAGCUUGUGGAACGCUGACUGUCCACUUAUUUUUGACAGGGUUCCAAUCCUAAACUUCUCGUUCUAGUUCAGGGUUCAUUCUGGGUUCGAAUCUCAUGGACGAUGGUCUGAAUUUUCCACUUUGUGCAGCUCCAGAUCAUGAUACUACCACCACCAUGCUUCACAGUAGGUACAGCGUUGUUGGGUUUGUGACCACAGAACUCCUGUAGAAGGUUUAUUUUACGCCCCUGUUAUUCAUCGUCAACUGUGGAGGGUUUGGGAUCCUUUUACAUGUUUUAUUUCUUACUGUUACUGUAGCUCACUGCUGCUGAGAUCUGGGUUCGAAUCUCUAGACAGACAUGAUUGGCUACGUCUAAUGGGCGACUAAAACCAUGCAAUGGAUAAAUAAAAAUAAAUACAGUCUAUAAAUCUGUGCUUCUGCUUUUAUUAGCGUUUCACUUGCUGUCCCAAAUUUUUUGGAACCUUAUACGAGUGCAUAUUAAUAAAAAAUCAGUAGAAUUAAGAAGUUAGAACAUUAACUAUGUAAUCUUUGUGUUUCUACAGUAAAAUAAACCCCUAAAAAUACAGUUUUGGGCGCUUGGGUGGAGCGGCGGUCUGUUACUCUAACUCACUGCUGCUGAGAUCUGGGUUCGAAACUCAGCGGUGCUGUCAACCAGCCGGGCGCUCUCACAGACAUGAACGGUGUCCUGUACGGAGUGUUCCUGACGCGUGCCCUGUUGGUCGAUGAAAAUAAUAAAAUAAAUACGUUUAUAAAUCAGCGCUUCUGCUUUUAUUAUUUUUAUGUUUCACCUGCUGUCCCAACUUUUUUUUAAAUUGUCUGUAUGUGGGAAUUUGUGCCCAAUCAAUCAAAAGAUUAUUGAUCAGUUGGUGUUCUGGUUCAUCCCUGCUGUCCCAACUCUUUUGAAACUGGGGUCGUGAGACUGAACAUGUGCAGGUUGACGGGGGCAGGAAUGUAAAUAAGAGCGCUCGUUUUUUUGGACAGAAUGGGUGGAACCAAUCCGAGCGCUCGUUUCUAUUUGAAGUCGACUCAUGACGUCUGAUUUUAUUGGAUUAUUUUUUAUGUUAUUUUUGGUGCUGAGUGGCUGAAUUUCGGGUGAUUUGGGCUCCACCGGGGGUCCGUGAGUCCUCGUAGAGUCUGUACAGAAAUCUGGAACAAUAAUCUAAUAAAACUCUUCACUGUUCGGACUGUUA